GCGAGGAACCCACCCACGCCCUCGUGUGCCGGAUGCGGGGCAGGCCUUCACCUAUCUCGGACCAUGCCGUUUAAGAGUUCCGUGUGCCGGGGCGGGCUAAGAGGGAAGGGCUCUCUCUGCCCCCCGGGCCCGCCAUUUUCCUCGGGGUUCCCUCGCCCUCCCCCUGAGGCGCCGCGAGGGAGCGCCCGCGAGCGGCGGGAGAAGGCCCCCCCCCACCCCCGAGCUGGGCACCAGGUAUUUCAAGUUCUUGCAGAGACUGACCACACUGCAGUGAUACAGGCAUGCUUUUUGCUUCACGAAGCUUCUGUUGCCUUGGCAUUAAAACAUACCAACUACGAACAGAUUUGCUUUCAAGAUCCAUCAAACAUUCAGCUUCUGCAGUCAUCUUUUAAAGCUGCAAAGACAAUGACCUUCAGACACAAAAACACAAGACGAAUUGAAGGCCUGGAUAGCAAUGUGUGGGUUGAAUUUACAAAGGUAGCAGCAGAUCCCUCAAUUGUUAAUCUUGGUCAAGGCCUCCCUGAUAUAUCCCCUCCCAGCUAUGUUAAAGAAGAGCUGGCAAAGGCAUCAGCGGUUGACAGACUGAACCAGUACACACGAGCAUUUGGACAUCCAUCGCUGGUGAAAGCCUUGUCUCAAGUCUAUGGGAGAGUUUGUGGAAGGAACAUUGAUCCUCUCACAGAAAUCUUGGUGACCGUGGGAGCUUUCGGGUCUCUCUUCAGUACAAUACAGGCAUUAAUUGAAGAGGGAGAUGAAGUAAUAAUAAUAGAGCCAUUUUUUGACUGUUAUGAACCAAUGGUGAAGAUGGCAGGUGCAAAGCCUGUUUUUAUCCCACUGAGAUAUAAAAGUGAUGGAAACUCUGCAUCUAGUGCCAACUGGGUCUUAGAUCCUGCUGAACUUGCAAGUAAAUUUAAUUCCAAAACGAAAGCAAUCAUUCUGAAUACCCCUAACAACCCUCUAGGCAAGGUGUUUACCAGAACAGAGCUCCAAGUAAUAGCUGACCUCUGUAUUAAACAUGAUGUCCUGUGCAUCAGCGAUGAGGUGUAUGAAUGGAUGGUGUAUAAAGGAAAUAAACACGUUAAAAUAGCUCUGUUGCCAGGUAUGUGGGAAAGAACAAUAACUAUAGGAAGUGCUGGAAAGACAUACAGUGUAACUGGUUGGAAGAUUGGUUGGUCUAUUGGCCCUCAGAAUCUAAUUAAGCAUUUGCAAGUUGUUCACCAAAAUACACUGUAUACUUGCCCAACUCCAAUACAGGAGGCUUUGGCACAAGCACUUUGGGUAGACUAUAAACGCAUGGAUGACCCAGACUGCUAUUUUUACUCACUGUCUCGAGAGCUGGAAAGCAAGCGCAAUCGGAUGGCUCAGCUGCUUCAAGAAGUUGGACUAAAGCCUGUCAUUCCAGAGGGAGGAUACUUUAUUAUUGCUGAUGUUUCUGCUCUAAAUGUGGAUCUCUCUGACAUAGUUGAGGAACAACCUUAUGAUUAUAAAUUUGUCAAGUGGAUGAUAAAAUCUAAGAAGCUGUCAGCAAUUCCUCUUUCAGCAUUCUGUGGCCCUGAGACAAAAAGGCAGUUUGAAAAAUAUAUACGUUUUUGCUUCAUUAAGAAAGACAGCACAAUAGAUGCAGCUGAAGUGAUCUUGAAGAACUGGAAUAAACAGACAGCCUGAUUUUUUUUUUUUGUCUUCUCAAGUCUUCCAUCUGGUAUAAUUAUUUAAAAGUAGAAGGGGGUUAUUGCAAAUAUAAAAACAAAGUAUUUAACACAGUACAGAAUUAAUAUGAUGUUCUAAGUAACAUUGUGCUGCCACCUGCUGAGGAGUUAAAACAAUCAUUUACUGAAAUACGUUUUAGUGCUGCUCAGGAGUUUAUUUUUAGACUUUCCAAAAGAAUGUAUUCUUUCUUUAAAAAAAUCUCUGGGAUUCACUUACUGUAUUGAAAGACAAAAAAUUGUAGCACUCUUGUGUAAAACAAAUAAAUGGUACAGGUAUUUUAAAACAAGAACAAAGUGGCAGGUGGCUUUGAUAUGAGUAUAACAACUAGAUGUGAGGCUUAAAUAGCCUGCAGUGGAGGAAAGCUAAGAUAUACCUCACAUUUGAUAAGUACAGUGACUUUCUGCAUACCUAUGGACCCUGUCCAUGCACGAAUUUCAUAGCCUUAAAUAAACUGGUUUAGUUAAAUCAUUGCAGAGUUUAUACUGUGGACAAGACUGAAAAGUGCUGAGUGGUUACUAUUUUUCCACAACAGUCAUGUGUGCUUUUCUGAAGUUAUCCAGUCCUCAAUAACGUUACAAAAGCAGCAUCUAGAAUUGGAAUUCUAUUUACUCAUGUCUACCUAGUUAGUUAUUAUGUGGAUGGAUCUACAAAGCAGAAUAGAAGACUUUGCUUUAGAGGCGCCUUCACAGUCAGAUGUACAGUGACAUAUUUAAACCUAUCAUCAUUUUUUUUUGCCACGUUCACAAUAUUGGUAACUUCACAACAAACUUAUUUUAAACAUUCUAGACCAAGGAGGGCCACAGAGAGAUGGGCUCAACUAACUUUGUUUUAAGUUGAGUUGAUAAAGUGCUUUUGAAAAACAUUAUCAAUAUGGAAAAUUCCUUUCUAGUUGCCUUCUAUUUCUCUUGUCUCUGAGAUAUUUUUGUUUGUGGCUGGGUUUCCCACUAAUAGAGCCAAUCCAAGUAGGUAAGCUUUUAAGACUGUGUGUUUUAUUCUCCAUGUGGUUCUUAUAUUCUUCCCACAGGCCUUAUAGUAGGAAGUUUGAGCUAACUCGGUAACUAGUUAUGUAAAUACUUGACCUAUUAUAUGAUAUUAGCUGGAAUCUUAACUCAAUUCCAUCAGACUGUGACUAUGGCCAGGACCUAAAGGAAAGUAUAGAAGCUAGAUUCCAAGAACAGUUGCUUGGCCUUUUUUAAGUACUCCUUGGUCUUGGGCUUUUAGGAGUCCAGUAGUUAGGACUUUCAUAGUCUUUGUAGCCAUCUUGCACUGCUGUUCCCUGAUUCUCAGCAGAAGAUGACUGGCUGGUAUUGUUAAGAUGAUGUGUAAUCUUCAUGUAGAAAAAAAUCAAUGUAGUGAUUGAAAUAAUUUCAGUGAAAUUUCUGUAGUAGUUUUGUAUGAUAAUGUCUACACUAAAUCCAGGGGGUACUCUUUAAAAAAAAAAAGCUAUAUUUCUGAAAUCUGCACUGUAUUUUACAAGGAGUUUAAAAUCUGUUUAAGUUGCACUUGAGAGCUGUGCUGCUGCAGGAGCUGAGAAGGCAGUGCAACAGUCUAUUGAGCAACAUGAUAGUUUGGAAAAUGAAAAUGUAAACUAGUCUGUCAUUUUAAUUGAGAAGUAAUUUUCUUAUAAAAUUAAGCAAUUUUUAUGCAGCACAAAUAGGAGGAAAAAAGCAUAGGUUUCUAUGAAAUGUUUGUAUGAUUAUGUUAAUCAGAAUUUUCUAAUUUCUAAGCCUCUUAAAUGGUAUAAAAUACUUGAAUUUUAAUUUCUUAUCCUUGAAAGAGGUGAUUCUCAAUGCAGUUAAACUUUUUGCACAUAUAAUUAUUUUCAUCAUUGUUACAUAGAAAAAGUUCUAAAGAUCUUUGCAUCAUGCUUCUCUUUAAGAUAAUAGCUGCAGAGAGCUUCCUAUCUUUAAAAACCUUGCUUCUAUAAUCUAAGCUUUCCCUGAGAUAGCUGAGCUGUUAGCAUGUGAGCACAUACUUAAUUGGGUUAUGUGGCCUCACAAUAGUAAGGUAUUAAGGUUUCUUUCAUUCAUCUCUCUUUACAAUGUGUUCAUGCUCUACAAAAAAUCCCCAAAACACUCCACUGCUACCAAAGCACUUGAUUUAAACACACUUUUAUUACUCUCACUGGCAAGUGGGACGCUGUAUGAAAUCACAGAAUAUGCAUGGAAGAAAAAAUUGUAUGUAGGGUUAAGAGGAAAUAAAACUGAAGCAAAAUAA